CACAGUGAGGGCAGCCUGACACCUAGUGGCCAGAAGUCGCAACUGCGGCAUGCCGCUUGUCUGGAGAGGGUCGCCCCAGCAGUCUGGACAAAUCGGCAGUCUUCCCCGCCCCAGCCUCCAGGGAUCCGGGCAGAGAGGGCUGGGACUGUCUGAGGGAGGACUGUGACAGCCGCUCGGCCGCAGGAGCCCAGCAGCUGGCUGUGAGGAGAGGUGGUGAUGAGUUGCCCAGCAGUUCCUAAGCACCCACUCCUGCGGGGCGCGGACAGGCAGAACGGCCGGGAGAGGUGGCCUACAGGGCGGACAGACAGACAGCAGGGAGGGCCAGCAUGGCCCUACUGCUGCACCCCGCCCUGCCGCUGCUCCUGGGCGCCACGCUGACCUUCCGGGCACUCCGGCACGGGCUCUGUCGCCUGCCCCUACCCGCGCACGUGCGCACCGACCCCCUACGCACCUGGCGCUGGCACAAUCUGCUAGUCUCCUUCGCCCACUCCAUUGUAUCAGGGACCUGGGCGCUGCUGUGUAUAUGGCAGACCCCCGAGAUGCUGGUGGAGAUUGAGACUGCAUGGUCGCUUUCUGGCUAUUUGCUUGUUUGCUUCUCUGCAGGUUAUUUCAUCCACGACACGGUGGAUAUCGUGGUUAGUCGUCAGUCUCGAGCUUCUUGGGAAUACCUUGUCCAUCACGUCAUGGCCAUGGGCGCCUUCUUCUCAGGCAUCUUUUGGGGGAGCUUUGUUGGUGGGGGCGUCCUAACACUACUGGUGGAGGUCAGCAACAUCUUCCUCACCAUCCGCAUGAUGAUGAAAAUCAACAAUGCCCAGGAUCUCCUCCUCUACAAAGUCAACAAGUAUGUCAACCUGGUCAUGUACUUUCUCUUCCGGCUGGCCCCUCAGGCCUACCUCACCUAUUUCUUCUUGCAAUAUGUGGGCCAGAGGACCCUGGGCACUUUUUUGCUGGGUAUCCUCCUCCUACUGGACGUGAUGAUCCUCAUCUACUUUUCCCGACUUCUCCGUUCGGACUUCUGUCCUGAGCGUGUCCCCAACCGGCAACACAAAGACAAAUUCUUGACUGAGUGAAAGAUACAGAGCCUGGGACUUGUGGCAACGACAGCAAACACAGCCAAGAACAGAAACAGCCUAAUAUAAGCUGGGACUUAGCCCCAAGCCUGGGCGUCCUCUGGGGCCAGCCUCUCCACCUUCAAAGCCCGCAUCCACCCUAUUGAAAACACUAAUGAAAGCACUCCUCUGAA